AUGCCUCUCAAAGUCGCUGUCAUCGGUGCCGGGCCCGCGGGUCUGGCGACGGCCAGAUAUCUGAAAUGGGCGCACUUGUUCUUCGCGAUUGAGCCUAUCCAGGUCCGGGUCUUUGAGGCCGAGGAUGAUAUUGGGGGGACAUUCAAGUAUCGAGUGUACGAGGAUGCUGAACUCGUCUCGUCUAAAUAUCUAACUGCCUUCUCCGAUCACCGCCUGCCCCAAGAUGCAGCUGAUUAUGUCACCCCGGCUGUCUAUGUACAGUACCUGAACGAAUACUGUGAUCGUUUCGAGCUUCGACCUCACAUCGAGUGCUCAUCUAAGGUCACUCGCACUGAAAGGGUAGAUGGUGGAGGGCAUAUCGUCACCGUCACUCGCAACGAUGACACAACCUUCGACUACGUCUGCGAUGCCGUUGCUGUCUGCUCCGGGCUCAACCUCGAACCCCGUAUUCCUGACAUUCCAGGGUUAGACAAAGUCCCAAAGGUCCUUCACUCAUCGCAGUUCAAGAGUCGAGAUCAGCUUCGCGACGUCAAGAGCGAUAAGCCUAUCGUUGUCAUUGUCGGCACCGGAGAGACUGGCCAGGAUCUCGGUCAACUAGCGGCGACGACUGAAACUGUUCAACAUGUUGUGAUGUGCCACAGAGAUGGAUUCGUGGUUGCACCCAAGACCGCGCCGACGCCAGUCAUGUUCGGAUUCUGGGGCAAGAAUAGCAAAGUGAACGAUAAGCCCGUCGACUGUUCCAUCGCUAGUCUCUUCGAUACGGCAUAUGUUCCCCAGAAGUUGCAGUCAAGCCAACUGCUGUGGGACUUUUACAACCAACAGAUCGACGUCACAUUCUCGCUAAUUGGUGGAACGCUUGAAGGCUGGGACCAACACGUCGGCGGCAUGCGUCGGGAGAGAAUGCACAUCGAUCACUUCUUCCCGGCCAAAUCCACCCGUGCUGUGCCGUACAUCUCCGCGCCUUGGCGGCCGCCUCUCUCGGUUAUGGAGCGGAUCCGCCGAUUCUUCUUCUACAUCAAAGAGCUUGACGUCGAUACCAAGGGUCGGUACAUUGACGUUGCUCCCUGGCCCGAGUACGUUGACGACGAUGGCGUGUUGCACUUCCGCGAUACUGGUAGACCAGAGUCGGAGAAGAUGAAACAGAUGGUAGUGAAGCCUGAUGUUAUCCUAUUUGCAACUGGCUACACCCGUCGUUUCCCUUUCCUCGAUAAGAGCUAUGGCACACCCGACACGGCCGAUGUGCGAGCCAUCUAUCACAGUAACGAUAUAUCCGUGGGAUUCAUCGGCUUUGUGCGGCCGAACCUAGGUGCCAUUCCGACACUCGCCGAAAUGCAAACCCAAUUCUGGAUCCUUCAACUUCUUCGAUCCAAGUACCCUAACGUCCCUGGCUUAGCAACCCCGUCGGCAGGACUAACACUAGACGCAAACGCCCUUCCUGGCUACGAUAUCGACUGGAAACUUCAUCCACGAUGCGGCCGAGACCCAUGGGCCGAAAAGCGAGGCGUCGACCACGAGAGCUAUGUAUACCAGCUAGCCCUCGACAUGGGCUCAGCACCGCGUUUCACUUAUGUAUACUCAAAGGGCUUUAAAGCCUUGUACACCUGGGCCAUGGGUAGCAACUUCAAUGCAAAGUUCCGCCUAGUCGGUCCCUGGAAGAACGAAGAAGAGUCGCUGCGCAUCAUACGCGGUGAGCUCUACGGCAUCGUCAAGCGGUCUGGCGGUAUGCUAUACAUGAUUGCCAAUACCUUGAUACCCUUUUUCUUAUUCGGCACGAUGAGUAUGGCCAUUCAUACGUGGGAGUGGACCAAGAGUCUGUUCCACCCGUGGAUGCGGAAGGGGGGCCACAUCCGUCUUCCCGAGUGUCAAUAA